AUGGCUCCAUCUCCGCCGCCGAUCGAAUCGAGAGCUGGUUCUUCAGUUUCAGGAAAUCGUCUGGGUCCAUUAGCAGGUGGAGAUCUUCGAUUUCGGCGAGAAGCUUCCAGAUCUGUUCCAAGAAGUAGCAAUCGUUCGCUCGGUGGAUCUUGCGUAGGUGGUCAUUGGUGGAGCCGCUGUGCCGGGAGGUUUUCCUCGCUCUUGCUGGAGAUUGGAAUGGGGUGA